CGCUAACUAGCGAGCUAUCGCGUACACAGUGGUUGGCGUGAGUGGAACUGGCGUGACUACUAUAUACAGUGUGACAGUAAUUAACUCCGAUAAUCUGGAAUAAAUACCAGUGAAUCAUCGAGAUAAAAUUAAAGGAUAUUUAUUUCCAACAUGGAAAAUGAAAGAGCAGCAGAUCCUAAGCCACGUAAACGUUACAAACUGUUCUUGGAUCCAGAGUACCAACCACAUUGGGUUUCUACGAGGACUCAUUCAUUUUGGGUUGCUGAUGCAACUGUUCCGCCACCAGAAACCGACGUCGACGCAUCAGAUCAAAAUUCUGUGGGAUCGGGCGAGAAUAUGUUGUUAAAUACCGAGGAUGAUACGUCACAUUGUGUUUCCGAUUCUAAUCAAUCAUCUGCUGCAUCUUCGAUGGAGCCUGAUCUAAGCAAUGACUGCUGUGGAAAUAUGUCACAUGAGGAGAAUGAUGAUGUCUGUGUGUCGGAUGAAGAGCACUUGACAGAUCCCGAUGUAGAAAAUUCUGAUGACUCACAAUCAGACGAUUCCCACGAUUCGCACGACAAUUUACAAAAUUUUGACGAUUCUGAAACUUCGGAAGAAGAUGAACCUCACGAACGAGUCGGGCGAGAAGACGGUGUGAAUGACGACGAUAUUAUGUUUGAUCAAUCUGUUCUGUCCGUGUCGGAUGUUAUGGAAAUGGUCAUGGCAUAUUGUAUGCGUUUUUCUGUAUCCCAUGAGGCCCGAAAAGCACUGGUGGAUAUGAUACAAUGUUUGGCCGGACCAAGGUAUGAGAAUUGGUCAAUUAGCAAAUUCCAAAUCAAAAAGAAGUACGAGCCGCCUGAAGAUGUUAUGACUUACACUUUUUUUUGCUCUUCAUGCAAAAUACCUAUUUUGGGACCAAUCACAAAAAGGGAAUUUGAAAAUAAUUCAGUUACUUGCGAAGAGUGCCUUCAGCUACAAAAUCUGACGAUGCAAUCGCCGAAUAGGUUCAUUUACAUUGAUUUGAAGUACCAAUUUAAGCAACUCUUGAGUAGUCGAAAGAUCCGUGAGAGCCUAAUGGAAAACUUAAUAACACGAGACGCUGCGCUCGCUCGUGCACCACCGACCGUAAUGACAGACAUUUAUGACAGCGAGCUGUAUAGAGCGGCAAUUGGGGAAUAUUUUCAGAAUGCUGAUCAUGUCCUCACGUACAACUUCAAUACAGAUGGAAUGCCGAUUUUUAAUAGCUCCAAUAGAAGCAGUUGGCCAUUGCUAUUAAUUGUGAAUGAAUUACCUCCCCAUCUGCGAUUUAAGCACGUCCUUCUAGCUGGAUUAUGGGUUGGAAAUAAGGAACCCAGUCCUACCAUGAUGAACACUUUUCUCCAACAGUUCGUUUCACAGGCAAAUCACCUAACCGAACGAGGCCUCAAAUUGAAAAAUGACAUGGGCCGAAAGACAACUUUCAAAAUAAUACCACUGUGUUGCGUUUGUGACUCCGUGGCAAGACCUAUUGUCCAGUGCAGGUUACAAUAUAACGGAUAUCGCAGCUGUAGUUGGUGCUAUGCUCAUGGGAAUUAUGUACGUGGAGCUGUGCGCUAUUUAUUCGGCGAAGUAGACGCAGACGGGAGAACACACGAGUCUCAUAAAGAGGAUGUAGAAAAUGCCACACGACUUCGGAAACCUGUGAAUGGCGUCAAAGGAGCUAGCAUUUUGUUACAGUUGCUCCUAUUUAAUAUGGUGUGGGGAUUUCCCUUUGAAUACAUGCACGCCAUAUUACUCGGUGUAAUAAAACUUCUGUGGGAUAUUUGGACAACUCCCGGGAGUCCAAUUUAUCUGGCCCCAGCCAUUCAAAAUCAAAUCAACGAUAGAUUGAUGCGAAUGACUCCUACACACGAAAUUCAUCGAUUGCCGAGAAAAUUAUCGAAAAGAGGCAAGUGGAAAGCUUCUGAAUGGCAGUCAUGGUUAUUAUUCUACAGCCUCCCUUGUUUAGACGGUCUCAUACCAGACGCUGCUUUGGAACACCUAUCACUUUUAGUAGACAGUUCGUUCAUACUUCUGCAAAACAAAAUUUCCGAAGCAGAUUUAAAUAAGUGCGAACUGAAUCUCACGAAAUUCGUAGCUGAAUUUGAAAUUUUAUACGGAAAAGAAUAUGUGACAUUCAAUGUACAUAGCUUACUGCAUGUGGUGAAAUCCGUGAAAUCGUCAGGACCGUUGUGGACGACUUCUGCUUUCAGUUUUGAGAGUGCCAAUUACAGACUAAAACAACAAGUCAAUGGACCGAAAGGGGUUGACGAUCAAAUCGCAAUGGGAUACCUCAAUAAAAAUAUGUUCCAAUGGAAAUUGGGGGAAAACAUGGAACUCUCGGAAGAAAGCCAGAAUUACUGCAAGCGUCUCUUUGCCGGCCGUCCUCACACUUCGAAUUGCACAAUAACACCUGACAAUGUAGUUUUGCUUGGCAAACCUGUCGUACAUGAUAACGGGGAAGUCAUAUACGCUCGGUGUAUAUUCAAAAAUACCCCUUUUCACAGCGCACGAUAUCGGCCGAACAAAAAAACUAACGAUUCCGUAGUGCAAUUGGUCACAACGGAUAUAGUUCAAAUAACUGGAUUUGUACUCGUUGAUGGUCGGACCUAUAUCGAUGCACAGAAUAUUGAUGUGGUUGUAGAAUUGCACGUACCGCACAUUGUGAGAGUAAGGCGAAGCGAUGAAUAUCGAAGAAUCCCCAUGGACGAUAUCCAAGAGAAACUGCUAUUUCUGAGCGUCAACAAUUUGACAUAUAUUUGCAAAUCUCCUUGCAUCAUAGAUUAA